AUGGUCAAGGAUGCUGGCAGUUUGGGCGAGUUUGUGAGCGAAGCACUUCUUGUACCAGACAAGUGCAAAUUCCUACACCAAGAGAAAAUGGACUCCUGUGAGACCUACUUGUAUUGGCAUAGUGUGGCUAAAGAGGCCUGCAGUGGUGAACAUCUUGAGCUACACAGCUACGGCAUGUUACUGCCUUGUGGAGCUGACCGCUUCCGAGGUGUGGAAUACGUGUGCUGCCCUUCACGCCCGCCAGCCAUCAGGGUGGAGCAAGCUACGGAGGGACCCCCGGUGGUUGCCCAUUUAAGGGAAGAAGCCCUGCGCAGCAACAAAGUACCAACAGGGCGUAUCCCAAUAGAGGAAGAAAGUUUAGAAUUGGAGGAAGACAGAAAUAUGGAUGAAGAAGAGGAAGAGGAGGUGGAGGAGGAGGAAGAAGAAGACGAGGAGGAGGAGGAAGAGGAAGAAGAGGAAGAGAUUCCUGGAGAGAGUGCUCCUGACUCUAACCGUUUCCGUGCUGCCUGGGAUGACUAUUAUGUGGAACCAGGGUACUACGAUGACAGCAUCACUCAAACCACCAUCACCACUACGACUCAGACCACAGAAGAAGAUGUCAAAGUGACCCCAACCCCUCGCCCAACGGACGGGGUAGAUGUUUAUUUUGAAAUGCCUGGAGAUGGGAAUGAACACGCCAACUUCCUGCGAGCCAAGAUGGACCUGGAGGAGCGGCGCAUGAAACAGAUCAAUGAGGUGAUGAAGGAAUGGGCUGAAGCUGACAACGAAGCCAAAAACUUGCCGAAAACAGACCGGCAAGCACUGAACGAGCACUUCCAAUCUGUCCUCCAGACACUGGAAGAGCAGGUGGCUGGAGAACGCCAGCGGCUGGUGGAGACCCAUCUGGCCCGGGUGGUAGCACAGCUGAAUGAUAACCGUCGGGCGGCACUGGAGAACUACUUGACUGCUGUACAGAACGACCAUGCCCAGCCUGAUCGCAUCCUGGCAGCUCUGAAGAGAUACGUACGGGCCGAACAGAAAGAUCAGCGCCAUACUCUCCGCCAUUACCAGCACGUGGCAGCGGCUGACCCCGAAAAGGCCGAACAAAUGAAGUUCCAGGUGUAUACUCAUCUCCAUGUCAUUGAGGAACGGAUGAACCAAAGUCUUGCGUUGCUGUACAAGAAUCCCCAGCUAACUCAGGAGCUCCGAGGAGAUAUAGAGGAGCUCCUGCGAUCCGAACGGGUGUCCACCAAUGACCUGCUUACUACCUCCAUCUCCGAGACCCGUACCACUGAAGAGUUCUUACCCAUGGACAGUGGGGAGGAUCUAGCUGCGGAGACCCGUGAUGGAGAAGCUUCAGGGCUGGCAGAAUACGACUAUCCAACUAGUGACAAAGCCCUGCUGUAUGAGUAUGAACAUAAGGUCAAUGUGUCUGCCUCAGAUGUCAAAGGCAUGGUGUACAAGUCCCAAGAAAUACAACGGGAUGAACUGGAGCCUGACACCUUGGUAACCAUCAACCGAGGAGCCCUGAUUGGCCUCCUCAUCGUAGCAGUGGCUGUUGCCAUGGUGAUUAUCAUCAGCCUCCUGAUGGUUCGCCGAAAGCCAUAUGGGACCAUCAGUCACGGCAUUGUUGAGGUGGACCCCAUGGUUAGCCCGGAGGAGCGGCAGUUGAACAAAAUGCAAAACCAUGGCUAUGAAAACCCCACGUACAAAUUCUUUGAAGAGAUGAACUGAGUUCCUUGGGGAUGGGGCUUGUGGCAUGACCAGGGUGGUGGGCAUGACCAUGUGGAUGGAGGGAUUGGCAUGUAGAAUGGGAGAGGAGUGUUUUCCACUCAGAGUCCUUCUCCUUUUCCGUGCCCCGUCUGAGCUUCGCUCCUACCACCUCAUCCGCCUUCUUUUUGUUCUUCCAUUUGCCAUCCUGCUUCAUACUUUCUGGGCUUUCUAGCUACUGCUACUACUUGUCAUUUCUUCCACUUCUUCAAUUUUACUUCUCAAGGUCUAAAUGCCUUUCGCAACACACGUGCACCAUGGUUGCGUUCACACAACAUGCUUUAACCAGCUUUCUUACAAACCUAGGGGCUACCUUUGCUGGAGCACUCGGCUCGGUUCAUUUUAAUCUUGCGUUGUGUUUCUUUAAAUGGCUUAGCAUGUUGGGCAAACACAUCCGAUUUGGUGAGUUUUCUGGUUUGAUGUACUGUGGAAACCCACCACGUCGGUUAAUUCAAUCAUCUAGUUCGGCAUGUUGUGUGAACUGAGGCAUUCCCACCAAGCUGCCAGCAUCAGGUUUCAACUCUUGUAUUUUAAGCCAACUCAUCCCAAUGGGUAAACUGCAUGUUGUGGAGAGAAACAGUUGAAUCUACAGAAUCAUCAUGCAAUUUAUGGGGGCACCAAACGUCACAUCAUACACUCUUAAAACCUAUAUGUUCCAAUCAGUAAUCAGUACUCAUUGUGUGACUUUCACACGUGCAUCUUCCUAACUUACCUGAAGCCAAAUCUCAUGUUAAAAGGACAGCCCAUAACUCAGUAUCCCCACA